AUGGCGGCAACUCAAGGGGUGGCUCAGCCAUCGGCGAAGAAACGUAGCUUCCUCCUCCGUGACAUCUUCAAACUUUGCCGAUCUAUCUCAAGGGUUUUGCCUCGUGACAAGCCUCAUCAUCAUCAUACACAUAAGCAUAAUAAACACGAGCGAAAGCUUCACGUCGAAUCCAAACGUCAUGAAGAACACAAAUUCAACGCCCCUAUUGACCCUCCCGUCUUCAGUUUCCAGGAAGCGAAUGCGGCAACGGGUAAUAAGGUGGAAGGUGUGAGUCUUUGCAAGGUUCGUAGCUAUAGAUUCGACAACGCGAGUUUCGUUGGGAGCAAGAAGCCAUUAUCAUCUCUUUCAAGAAGUUGUAGCAGGAACACGGCCACAUCCGCCGCCACAACCACGGCCAAUCUGAAUCCGGCAAUGAGGAGUUUAUCAUUUAUAGGGAGAAGCAAAAGCAUCAGCAACAGGACGGAUUCAGCAGCUGGAUUUAUGCCGACACUUAUGAGAUCGUCGACGACCACGGUCCCAAGAAGCUUUGCUAACCCGAUCUUGUACUCUAGCUCAUCCGAGAAAGUAGCUAAACCUCAACCAACGGAGAAGAAACUAAGCUGCACGCUCGAGGAGCUUUGCAACGGUUGCACCAAGAAGAUCAAGAUCAAGAGAGAUGUUAUUACAACUUCAGGGCAAAUGAGCGAGGAGGAAGAGACGGUGGAGAUAAAGGUAAAACCGGGAUGGAAAGGAGGAACGAAAGUGACGUUCGAAGGGAAAGGAAACGAAGCGAUGGCGAGUGUACCGGCUGAUUUGACAUUCGUGAUAGUGGAGAAAGAGCAUUCAGUGUUUACAAGAGAAGGAGAUGACCUAGAAAUGGAGGUGGAGGUCUCUCUACUCGAAGCAUUGACUGGUUUCGAGUUCUCUGUUGCUUUGCCUGAUGGUGACAACAUAAGUUUGAGGAUAGAAGAUAUCAUUCACCCUGGUUACGUCACAGUGAUUCAAGGCAAAGGUAUGCCGAAUCCAAAGGAGAAAGGGAAGAGGAGAGGUGACUUGAGAGUUCGGUUUCGGACUAAGUUCCCGGAACAGCUUACAGAUGAUCAAAGAGCAGAGAUUCACAGCAUUCUUGAAGAUUCUUGA